AUGAUCAAUGAUAAUAUUAAGAGAAAGGGAAGCCUCCCUCUCGUACCAGAAGUUGCGUCAUUCGGUACCUGCGAACUCGAACCAUCUUCUCCGACAACUCUGCGCUACAAGGGAACCAAGCCCGGCAAAGAGGUGAAACCUGGCACAGCGCUGCGUAUCCUUGGCGUUGGAGACUCCAUCACUGUGGGAUUCCUAAGCGAUCGCAAUGGCGGCGAUGGCAACGGUUACAGACUCCAACUUCGCGACGAUCUUUCCAAGGAUAAAGUUGUUUUCGCGGGGAGUGAGACCAUGUCAGGCACAAUGGAUGGCAACCGUUUUGGUGCAUGGUCCGGCCAGACUAUUCAGUACAUAUCUGAUCACAUCGGCCCGUCCCUAAAGCAACGGCCGAACAUCGUCCUAGUUCAUGCAGGCACCAACGAUAUGAACCCUAGUCUUGACAUCGCUAAGCAAGGCAACGACCCCAAGGGCGCGGCCGAUCGUCUAGGAAAGCUUCUCGACAAGAUCAUUGAUGCCUGCCCGGACGCAACAGUUCUUGUGGGUAUGAUCAUCAACACAUGUGACGAGAAGCAGUCUCCUGCAACCAAGGAAUAUCAGCAGUUGAUUCCAGGGGUCGUCAAGAGCCGCAAAGACAGCGGAAAACACAUCCUCGCUGCGGACUUUACCACCUUUGAGACGAGUCACCUCCAAGACUGCAUACACCCAACUAAUGACGGAUACAAGCUGUUUGGUAGCUACUGGUACGACUUCAUUACCCAGAUCCCGAAGAAUUGGAUUGAGAAGCCAGUUGGCGAUGACCCUAAUGACGAUGGCAAUAACGGCGGCCUCGAUAAGAACAUUCCCGCUCCAGACUGGGGUGCUGAUCCAGUCACGCCUACUACUCCCGACACGGUUCGUGGCGCGUAUUUGAACGCGCGCCCGGUCGAGACGUACACUUGCAUUGCGAAGCCCUUCUGGGGGGCUGGUGGUCAGAUUGCACUUGGAAACGUCGGCCGCAACGGAGACUGGAAGUACAAGAAGAACUGGGUGGAGGCCGGAAAGGUCGCUGAUGGGCUCAAGCGAGACCCCCGAUACGUCAGACUUCACGAUAUGAAUGGCGACGGAAAGGCCGACUAUGUUUGGAUUCAUCCUGACACCGGCGAAAUCCGAUGCUGGAUUAAUAACCUCCCAGAGCCAUGGAGCAAGGCAGGUACCAACGACGACAUCAUCGGCAGUGGUGCCGGCCCUGCAGAUUCGGUCUUCAUAGCUCUCGAGGACUAUAUGGUCGUUAACAAGAACAAUGGUGCCGUUAAGAUCUGGUGGAACUACGGACCGGACGACAGCUGGGUCAACGGAUGGAAGUUCGUGGAAGGCGGCGAGAUCGCGUCGGGCGUCCCUCACGCCAAUUGGGAGACUCUUCGGUUCCCCGAUAUCAACGGUGACGGUAGAGCAGACUACGUCUAUAUCGGUGAGGGUGGUGCUCUCAAACAUCACCUGAAUACUGGAUCCGUCGGUGGCCAGGAUGUUUUGUUCCUCGCACAAGGCGGAAUUGCAACUGGAGCCGUCGACGACAUAUCGAGACUUGUGUUUGCGGAUGAAGGCGUUCCAUUGUACAUUGGUCAAGGGCCAGCGAAGACGCUUGCCGACGGCAUCUCUCAAAAGCCCGAGUCCAUUCGGCUUGCAGACUUGGAUGGUGACGGAAAGGAUGAUUAUGCCUACAUCGACGACGACGGUGCCAUCUGGCUGUGGUACAACCGAGGAAGCGGUGACACCAGCAUGCUGAUAGAUGGCCUUCGCUUUGCGGAUAUCGACGGCGACGGCACCGACGACUACGUUUGGCUUGACCCUGCGACAGGUGCUCCGACCGUGUACACCAACUACGGCUACAACGCGAACGACAAAGCCUUCGGGUACCGGUGGAUUCCAUUGAACGACGGCAAACCAAUUGCUUCUGGAGCCGCCCCGGCAUCUCAAGUAACAUUUGGUCGCAUCACUGGCAAUGACAAAGCCGACUACAUUGUCGUGGACCCCAAAUCCGGCAAACUCACUGUAUGGCAAAAUAUGGGCCCGGGCAAGAACAGCCCCGACAAUUGGGGAUGGAAUGAGAUUGAUGUCGAUGCUUCUGGAUUGGGUCCUGGCAAGAAUGUCAGGAUUGCCGACAUUGACGGCGAUGGCUGGGACGACUAUAUAAUGCUGAACAAGAAGGGCGGCACAACCAUAUACCGAAACAUGUACUUGAACUCUGAGGAGGAACACGUAUGGAAACCACUCCCUGAGGCGGACGCCGAAGGCAUUAGCCAACGACCGGAUGAGAUUUCCGACGGAAAAGCCGACUAUGUCUGGACGAGACCCCACGAUGGUGCCGUCUUCGCCUGGUACAACAACUACCCGAAUCAGCCCGCCUGGCCUCCACAGGGCCAGAUAGCCGAGGGUUGGACUUCGGGACACUUUGUCAAGUGGGCUUCGAUGUACCUUAAGCGGUUCGAGAAGCUGGCAAAACCUUCGACGAGUUACCUUGCGGUCAGGCCAUCAGAUGGAGCCCUAGCUGUUUGGUUCAACGGUUGCAAAUUCGGAGACUACGGCCCCCCUACUAAGUUGGCGCCUCACUCUAAGGCCAAGUCAUUGUCUAUUCAAUCUUUCUCGAACGUCACAGUUUCAUCAGGUCCUUCUAACUCUUCUUACCUACUCACAAAUAGCUCGCAGCCACUCAAGAAUGCCUCUAAGCCUAUUGUUAAGGCUCGAUUGCAACAUCUCACAUAA